UGGAUUAAACCCACAAGCCCAACAACUAGGCUUCAAGAUUGUUGCCAUAAAUUUAGAUUAGAUUCAUGGGAUUUCCCAAAAUCGGAAUUUAAAUCUUCAUGAAGAUGAAAGAUAGAGUAUAUGUACCUGUGAAGCAGGGAUUUCCAAAUCGGAUUGUGGGUUCACAGCGAUUUCCGGCGGCCGUUUAUGGGAGUAUUCAAUAGUUCAACUAAUCAAGCUCCAGUGCUUCAGAACAUAAAUGAUAGCAGGUUGAAUUCAAUUUGUAUUGUUCAAGAGGGGAAGCCACUUGGGAAGCUGCUUUUUAUCACUCAAGGUACCGCAGUGACCUACUCCGAUCUAAUGGUGAAUAACUCCUGAUGGGCAUUUAGAAUUGGUAAGGGUAUCACUCUCUUUGCAUCUGUUGCUGCAACUUUUGGACUAAAAUAUUGCUCGAGUCUGCUUGAGAACUGAUCUCAAAGGUGACCAUGAAGAAAAGAAAGGUUGGGAGACCACGCACUAUGUCUGAGUUUUUGACUUCAAGUGGAUCUAAUUCUUCAAACAGCAAUGGUUCCUCAUCGCAGCCAUCCUAUAGGUCUACUAAUCCACCUCCUACACCCCCACUGCCUCCACCCCCACCGCCUCCUUCUGCACCUUCUCCUCCAAUAUUACCUCUUCCAUCUCUAGAAGCUGAAGUACAAUCUGCUACCUUUAUUACUAGAGGUCACAAUAAAGGUAUCCCAGAGUGGAAUACUGGAGUUAAAAUCAAGAUUAUGUUUGAUUCUAACUUCCAACCUGUUGGAGAAAGAGCUACACAGCUAAAGUCACAAUUGGGGCAAAUUGUACGCGAUGGCCAGAGGAUUCCACUAACAUUACUUGACUGGAAGGCUGUUGGACCUGAUGUGAAAGAGGGAAUAUGGAAAGAGGUUCAGCAAAAUUUGCUUGAUGUUCCAGAAGGAUAUAAACAUGUGUGUCUUAGAUGUUGCAAUACACUGUGGAAGGAUCACAAGAGCAAAACCAAAGUCAACUACUUUCAGAAAAACAGAGAUAAUCCAAAUCUAAGUUCUCUAGUUCCUCCACAUAUUGUAGCAGAGCAGUGGAGUGAGCUCAUUGCUUAUUGGAGUAGUGAAGAUGCAAAGCUUAUAGCAACACGAAAUUCUAUCAAUCGGGAGCAGCGUGGACCGGUUCAUAGUACUGGUCGAAAACAUUUUGCCCAGCUGCGAUAUGAGAUGGAACAAAGUGGAGAACAAACUGAUAAGAUGAGUGUGUGGAAAAAAGCACGCAAUCAAUCAAAUGCAGAUGUUGCCCAAGUCAUUGAGGAAUAUGACAAGAAAUUGCUAAUGGAACCUGAGGACCAGCGAGAACUUAGGGCUGUAAAAGAUCGAAUAUUCCAUGAAUUGCUUGGGGAAGAUGGUCAUGGUUAUUGUCGUACCUAUGGUUCUACUGUGCCUCGCAGUUUGGUGUAUCCACAGGAAUCAAUGCCUUCUCAUAACACCAAUGACCUCAUACAGAAAAUAACUGAAGAGGUUACAGAGAAAGUGAAAGAGGCUUUCACAAGGAAGAUGCAGGACCAAUUAGAUAUGCUUCAAGCUAGGAUUAACUUUUUAGAGAGCAAUGAGGGGCAAAACAGAAAUCGAUGUAGACAGGUUCAAGAUGCAACUAGUGGCCAUGAAGUUAGAAGGGAGUCCAUAGGAGAAGGAGUUCAUCCACAUUCAACUAGUAAUCAAGAAAUUGAUCAUGCUCCAGUACUCACCAAGCCCCUCUAGUUAAUGAUAACUAGUAUUGUGGUCAAGGAUGCUUUUGAACAAUAUUAAGUUUGGCAAUGUUUCCUUUCAGUUAUCAAGUAUGGUAGGACCUUAUAAUUAUGAAAUGUGGUUGGUUUGGUUUGUACUUGGUAAUGAAGCAUAA